AUGGACACAGGCCGCGUGCUGCUGAUCAAGCUUGCUCGGGUAACAAAAGUUCUUGGGAGAACUGGAUCUCAGGAACAGUGUACUCAGGUCCAUAUUGAGUUCAUGGAUGAUACCAACUGCUCCAUCAUAAGAAACGUAAACGGCCCUAUUCGUGGGGGAGAUGUAUUGACCCUGUUGGAAUCUGAAUGUGAAUCUAGGAGAUUAUACUAG